GGGCAGAAGGCAGCCAUGAGAGGAACGAAGGUCUACACUGGUGAUGAAAGCGACGAGAGCCAGAGAGGAUGGAAGAGCGGCUGUGGGCCCCCACACCCACUCGCUCACAGCUCACUCGCACAGAUGGGUGCAUUCAAGGGGCUGCCUCAGAGACCACCUGACCCCCGUGGCCAAACGACGAGUGACAGGCACCCCCAGAGCCUGAGCAGGCCCACCUAUGGCUCCAUCUCCAGCUCGCCACAUCCGGGGCCACAGCAAGCGCCUCCCCAGCAGACCUACCUAAGCAAGAAGAUCCCCAUCCCGGAUGCAAAACCGGGCACAUUCAGCCUGCGGAAGCUGUGGGCAUUCACAGGACCUGGCUUCCUCAUGAGCAUCGCUUUCCUGGACCCGGGAAACAUUGAGUCAGACCUUCAAGCUGGCGCUCUGGCUAGAUUCAAACUGCUUUGGGUACUGCUCUGGGCCACAGUGCUGGGCUUGCUCUGCCAGCGACUGGCUGCCCGGCUAGGCGUGGUGACAGGCAAGGACUUGGGCGAGGCCUGCCAUCUCUACUACCCUAAGGUGCCCCGAAUCUUCCUCUGGCUGACCAUCGAGCUGGCCAUUGUGGGCUCAGACAUGCAGGAGGUCAUUGGCACAGCUAUCGCACUCAAUCUGCUCUCCGCUGGACGAAUUCCGCUCUGGGGUGGCGUCCUAAUCACCAUCGUGGACACCUUUUUCUUCCUCUUUCUGGAUAACUAUGGGUUGCGGAAACUGGAAGGAUUUUUUGGACUCCUUAUUACCAUUAUGGCCUUGACCUUCGGCUAUGAGUAUGUGGUGGCGCGUCCUGAGCAAGGGGCGCUUCUCCGGAGUCUGUUCCUGCCCUCCUGCCAGGGCUGCGGCCAGCCGGAGCUGCUGCAGGCCGUGGGCAUCGUUGGCGCCAACAUCAUGCCUCACAACUUCUACCUGCACUCGGCCUUGGUCAAGUCUCGGGAGGUAGACCGAGCCCGCCGGGCAGACAUCCGGGAAGCCAACAUGUACUUCCUGAUUGAGGCCACCAUCGCCCUGUCUGUCUCCUUUGUCAUCAACCUCUUCGUUAUGGCCGUCUUCGGGCAGGCCUUCUACCAGCAAAGCAACCUGGAUGCGUUCAACGUUUGUGCCAACAGCAGCCUCCACGACUACGCCAAGAUCUUCCCCAGGAACAACCACACAGUGUCUGUAGACAUUUACCAAGGAGGCGUGAUCCUGGGAUGUCUCUUUGGCCCUGCAGCCCUCUACAUCUGGGCUGUGGGUCUCCUGGCUGCAGGGCAGAGCUCCACUAUGACGGGCACCUACGCGGGGCAGUUCGUGAUGGAGGGCUUCCUGAAGCUGCGGUGGUCUCGCUUCGCCCGGGUCCUCCUCACCCGCUCCUGCGCCAUCCUGCCCACCGUGCUGGUGGCUGUCUUCAGGGACCUCAGGGACCUAUCGGACCUAAACGAUCUGCUCAACGUGCUGCAGAGCCUGCUGCUUCCCUUUGCUGUGCUGCCCAUCCUGACAUUCACCAGCAUGCCGGCUAUCAUGCAGGAAUUUGCCAAUGGCCGGCUAAGCAAGGUGGUCACCUCCUGCAUCAUGGCCCUGAUCUGUGCCAUCAACCUCUUCUUGGUGGUCAGCUACCUGACCAGACUCUCCCACCCUGCCUACUUUGGUCUCGUAGCUGUACUGGCCGCAGCCUACCUGGCUCUCACUGCCUACUUGGCCUGGACCUGCUGCAUCGCACUCGGAGCGACCAUUCUGACCCAUAGCUCCCACCAGCACUUCCUGUAUGGGCUCCAUGAAGAAAAGCAGAAGGAUGAGGAGAGCUCUGGAUGAGCCCCGACGCAGGGUCUGGCUAAGAGGUGGCCAGAAGGGAGCAGACUGGCUUGCCGGACACCCACAGUUGCAGCCAAACACUUUUGGAGGCUGGCCCAGUGGGGUCCUUGAGGACUUGCUUUUUUUAGUUUAGAUAAAUGCUUAACCUCUG